AUGAACCGUGGUCACGGCAGCCCAACGAGUCGUGCGGUCAUUGAUCAUCUACGGGCAUCUAUUCGGGGCUAUGACGCGGAGUAUUUGCUUCAGAUCCCUACAGGUCGCAUCCCAGGUGGAGGAUCCAAGGUUACUGCUGGUGUGACGCCACCUAGUAACCAAUGCUCUCAUUGA